AUGGCAUCUACGAACCAAACUCCUCGAACCCGCCGCCACAGGUCUACCGUCGCCUGCCAGGCUUGUCGCCAACGCAAAGUACGAUGCAGUUUGACCGUCACCGGUGUGCCUUGUGCCGGAUGUACCCAGGAUGCCAUCGAGUGUAUCGUGAACACAAAGCAAGGAAAAGGUACUCAGCAGACCGACCGCUUAGGACCUCGCCGUCGCCGGCAGGGUCAUGCUAGGGCAAUUGACUCACACAUCGCUACCUCCACGGCCUCCGCGAACCCUGCCCCGUGUCCGAUUGAUGAGCGUAGACCUCCAAGCCUUCCCCCCUGCGACACCCAAGCGGAAAAUACCACGCGGACCGCCAACAGGAGCCCUUCGGACUUCGAAGUGCAUAAUAUGGCAGACGAAGAGCGCAAUGCACUUGAAAUAGCAUCAGCGGCGCUCGGCCAACCGGACAGUGUGGGGGAAAUCCACUUCUAUACGGGUGAACAGACUGGGCCCACGUCAGCCCUGAACAUUUGCUCAUCCAAUGACUCAUUGCCGAAGCAUUUUCUCAUACCAUUGCACCGCACGCACCUGUCUGACGAGGACCACGACUUCCUACGUAGAAAGGGCGUGUUUACCCUCCCGGGCAAACGUGCUUGCGAUAGUAUGAUCGAGGCAUACCUUAUCCAUGUACAUCCGAUCCUCCCGGUGAUUGAAGCCGAUGUGCUGGUGGAGCAUCACCGGGCUGGACAGCUUCAGGACUAUAACCUGUUGCUCCUGUGGAGUGUCUUCUUUGUCGCUGUCAAUUUUAUCCCAGCAACCAUAUACGAGGAAGAAGGUUUUACCUCUAGACGGACCAUGAAGUUUAUGAUGUACUCUCGAGCGAAGUGCUUGUACAACAAUGGAAACGAAAGGAACAAAAUUGUGCUAUUGCAGUCGUCACUCUUGAUGGGAUUUUGGCACUCGGACAUGGAUGAACAUGCACAACCGUGGUAUUGGACAGGCAUUGCGAUAAACCUGGGUCAGAUCCUUGGCCUGCAUCGCGAUCCGGGUGCCUCAAAUAAUACGCCAUCCAUUACCGACCGACAGCGAUCUUUUUGGUGUCGGCUUUGGUGGAGCUGCUUUUUCCGGGAUCGCUGGCUCGGUCUAACGUUGGGGAGGCCCCUGCGGGUCAAUCUGGAUGACUGUGAUAUCCGUAUGCCAUUAGCGGGUGACCUCCUCUUCGACACUCUGAAGUCAGAUGGGUCCACCAUCGCGUCGUACCUACCUGGCGACAUGAACAGAUUGGCUGAAUACUGGGUUAUGCUGAUGGAAGUAAGCUGCCUGCUGGGCAACACCCUAGCCCUAAAUCGUCGGCCUGCUCGCCUCAAAGCGUCGAUAGACGAAGUGCAAGGACUUGAAAGGCGGCUACUACAGAGCAGACUGCCCGAUCAGUACGAAGUCGGUCUAACGCGCGUAGCAAGGUUCUAUUCGCACCACGUCCACUUGCAUUACCAAGCAAUGGUUAUUACCUUCUAUCGCCGCUGGGAAACGGAAGUCCCGGAUGGCCUGACUUCCCUGGCAAAGGAUGACUGGCAGCAUCGAAUGCGUCUAAGGGCCAAUGCUGCUGCCUCUAGAACUAAUGAAAUACUGGACAUGCUCGUCCAAGAGAAUCUGCUGGGGUUCGCAGGGCCUAUGACGCCUCCUCUUCUGGUUCCAACGAUGCAAGUGCACUUGCUUCAAUGCAAAUCUGGCGAUUCUAUCGCAAAACGCAUCCGGCUAAGUAAGCUUGAAAUGUGCAUGCUGGUCUUGGAAGAAUUCCAGAAAACAUACGCUGCUGCUUCAGUAUAUCGUGGGAUUUUCACAAAGGCGAUUCAACAGAUUGUUCCAGGUUACUCAGCUCCCACUAUGAGGGUGAGCCCUGCAGCAACUGCGAUACCCGCUCCUGCCAAUGAAAGUUAUGCCCCAGGUGCUAUCUUGGAAACGGAAAGCCUUGACGCUAAUAAUGGUAGAAAUGACCAGUUGGAUGAAUUGGGGCUUGCAGGUGCAUACGAACCUGAUUUAAUGAACGUUUUAAUGGAUGAAGGCUCGCUUUUUGACUUCUGGCAGACGUGGAACCAAAUCUGA